CUUCGGUAAUGCCAUAAGGCGAAAAGUUAAAAUUUUUGUUGAACAUACUAUAGCUUGUAAGAAUGGAUUUGGGCAUACCACAGAACCAUAUUCCAAUAUAGGCUAAGCCAGAGUUGUAAAAAGAGUUUUAGCAACAUAUGAAUAUCUAUAAGCCCAGGGUUUAACAAAACUAAGAACACCUUUGGCUUCCAAAUAUCAACAAGAAGACUAGAAUUAAACUUAAGGUCCAUGGUAACUUCCAGAUCAACAAAAUUGAAAACGUUCUAGUUUAUAAUUUUCUUCUUUAAGGAAAUUUACAAUAUAUAGAGAUAUGAGUAUGUCGUAUUAGGUCAUGUGCCUUUGUAGAAGAUUUCAAAGAACAUAUAAACUUAGGUAUUGUAUUAUUUGUCCCUGAGACGUCCGUCAACAUUUAAAAUAUUUCAUAUUGUUAUUCAAUGUAAUUAGACAUUUUUUAGGCCAUUAUAAGGGUUUAAAAUUCCUUCGCCUCUAAAGCUCUUGGGCCUUGCUCUUGCUCUGGGUCUGCUUUCUUUUUAGUACAUAGUGCAUUUUCCACAUACCUCAUGUCUUCAAACAAAUAGUCGUCGCACUCGCGACUUGGAUCUCACGUCACUGUGGACAGUCAUAACUUUGAAGUCGUAGAUAAUUUCGUCUAUCUUGGAACUAGUUUAAAAACCACCAACAAUGUCAGCCUGGAAAUCCAACGCAGGAUAACUCUUGCCAACAGGUGCUACUUCGGACUGAGUAGGCAAUUGAGAAGUAAAGUCCUCUCUCGACGAACAAAAACCAAACUCUAUAAGUCACUCAUAAUUCCCGUCCUGUUAUAUGGUGCAGAGAGGCUUGGACGAUGACAACAACUGAUGAGUCGACGUUGCGAGUUUUCGAGGGAAAAGUUCUGCGAAAGAUUUAUGGUCCUUUCCGCGUUGGCCACGGCAAAUAUCGCAUUCGAUGAGCUGUACGAGUUAUACAGCGACAUUGACAUAGUUCUGCGAAUUAAGAGACAGCGUCUACGUUGGCUAGGUCAUGUUGUCCGAAUGGACGAAAACACUCCAGCUCUGAAAGUAUUCGAUGCAGUACCCGCCGGGGGAAGCAAUGGAAGAGGAAGACCUCCUAUCCGAUGGAAGGACCAAGUGGAGAAGGACCUGGCGUCGCUUGGAAUAUCCAAUUGACGCCGCGUAGCGAAAAGCAGAAACGACUGGCGCGCUGUUGUUAACUCGGCUAUUACGCGAUUAUAGCCGUUUAGCGGUGUCUAUGCCACUAAAUAAGAAGAAGCAUAUUCCACAAACAAAUUUACAAUUUCAACGAAAAUUUUUGAAAUGAUGCUUAGAAUCAUGGUAUGAAAUCGUGUAGUAUGUUUUGUUUUUAGAACAUAUUUAUGCGGUUUAGUUUUUUAAUAAAAUUGUCAAUUUAAUUUUAUUAUCAAUAAACAGUUUUUAACUUUUAUAAAAGAAGAAAUAUGCACCCUAGUAAUAUUUGAUCACAGGUAAAGUGUUAUUCACGUUGUCCGACAUUCAUACAAAUACAUAAACUCCUAAUGCUGUUUACAACCACUCACGUUAGUCAAAAACUUCUGAGUCCCCUCAUCAGUCCACUAAUGGUUGCGGGCAAUAGUCUUCUCCUAACAGGUUUGAUUUUGUGCUCGGCUAUCUCGACACUUUGGCUAUCUCGACACUUUGGCUCUCUUUCCCAUUCGGAGAGUUUUCGGUUUCAUUCGUGCUUAUUUGAUGCAGUUUUUUCAUUUUGUGUUUUAUAUGUAUAUUUCAGUCUCUUCCUCGCACAUAUACCUUACCUUUACCGUCAUCGACAAUUCGACAUAUCUUUCUUUCUUUCACAUCAUACCACCAAACUUUACAUUUUUGUUGGGGCUGCAACCGAAAUGUUUUUUAUGUUAUGCUUGUUUCAUUUGCUCUCCUAUUUUGUUGUGAUACUUGUGAGUGUAAGUGUAUAUGGCUGUUGGAUACGUGAGGUUUAUUCAUUUUUAUACGGCAUUGUUUACAGUUAGUAUGGCAGCUGUUAUCAGCGUUGUGUGUUUUAUAGUGGCAGCAACGACUUACCCUGCAGACAUCAAGCUCAUUCGUGGGUUUUCAUAUUUCUUUCUUUUUGAAGGUUUCACUACGUUGGACCUCUGGUUGGCUCAACAUUUGCGCACAUAAACAAACGUACAAUUAUAUGUAUAAUUCGUAUAAGGAGUUUACCGACUUACAUUUUUAAAAUUCGUGUAACAUUUUUAUGAAAAAUAAAAAAAAUAAAUAAACGAGAAAGGAUAGUAAUGGGGAUGCGGCCAUAUGUUGUGAACUAUACAAAUAAUUAAUAAUAGAAUAGCGGACACUGACAGGACCUUUUCCAGUUAAUAAAUUAUCUUUAACAAACAUCAAAAACAUUGGAACCACCCAAUGUCCACGGUUAAAGAAGAUGUCUGCUGUAUUUCAUUAUGUGCACAAAAUGUGGCUAAAUUACUCAAAAUACACUUGUUCCUUAACGUAUGAAUUUAUAAACCCGUAACUUUAGCUUCGGUUAUAGAUACACAUUGGUGGCAACCAAUAUUUCAUGUACCGAGGUUUCAGCAAAAAUUUUGUUAACAACAAGUUCGAGUUUGAAUUCAAAAACGGACGAUAAAGGCUACACUAAUCCAGGUUUCAAGUAAAAUGUUGUGGGAAUGCGUUUGAGCUCAAAACCGAACAAUCAAGGAUUCGAAAAAAAAUUGUGUUAUUGGAUCGCUUUCAAAUUCAAAAGGAAACCACACCCAAAAUUGCAUAUUUCAGGUUUUGCAUUUUUUAAAGUCCUGUAUCUUCAAAAUGGCUACAGGAAAUUUGUGUAUUUGGUAAUAAAUUUAGAGCUAAACUUAAACAGUCGGCUCUAUUUCUUCAAUAUAUCCAUAACUAAUUACAGUGAAAUUCGUCGUAACCGUACUUUUGCCCGGCUACAAGGAUGGGACAAAAACGCACAGAACUAUAUUUCUACUAAACUAAUAAAUGCCAAGCAGAAGUCAAUGAAUGACUAUUAUCCCAUUAGUUUCCGUUGAACCACCUCGUAGCAGACGGAUAUUAAUUUAAGAAUUUUAAUACAAGAAUUUUAAAAAUCGGAAACUAUAAAUCGUUCACAUUUUUCUUGACACAUUUUAUGAAAUAUUGUCUGUUUUCAAAGAUAAUUUGAACAAAAUAUUACCAAAAUAGUGUCCGUGUCCGGUCGGAACGUACUCAGGUCCGGUUGUAAGAACUGAUUUUGUAUGAAAAUAUUGUUGAAAACGAUGUAUUCAUUAAAUUUGUUCAGUUAUAGGUAUCCGGUUAUAAGGACUGUCCUGACUGUUUCACUUUAUUACCGUUAUUAUCAAAAUUUUAUGGACCCCGUAACUUUUAUAAUUAUAUGUGCGCAUAAUGCUAUUCUGAUAAUACUAAUGUGUUUUCAAUUUAAAUAUGUUUAAAGUGUUGCUGACAUAGUCAGCUGAGACAUCUGCGUUAUUAAUGCAUACAUAUAACAGUAUUUUAAAUACGAAAUUAGAAGCUACAAUAAAUGUACAAUGUAAAUUAAAAUAUUUGGCAGCUUUGUACACAUUUGCAAAGGUGGUUGUGAGGGGCACUAACUGUGCAUUGUUACUGGCAUUAAAGAUUUUCAAAUUGUUCACGGAUAUUGUAUUUGAGUUUGUACAACCAAGUAUAUACUAUAUGUACUUGCAUUUGUAUCUUGCCAACACGUAUGAUUGAGUUUGCUGCGUGGCAGUUGUUUUCGGCGCAGUCACUGAAGCCGAAGCUUCAGUCAUUUCGCUUCGUUUGAUGCGGCUUUUAUUUUAGCAUCAGGUUUGGCCACAAGAUGAUUCUGGCAGCGCGUUACUGUCGUCUGUUGGAUGACUCCGGGCUCAAAAGCGUUCACAAAUAGUAAACAAGAGCACAUUUCUUAAUACAUACAUCCAUAUAUACACUUUGUUUCAAUGCUAUAAAGAUAUUACAUUUCUGUGAAAAAGCUCUAUGGUAACUCUAACAAUUCUAUAAAAACAAUUUUUUUCUAACGGUACUUUUCCUACUAUUGUAGGUAGUAAGCGGAAUGCACUGAAAACGGUGUUUCAUAGCUAUAAAGACUCUUAUACUGAUCAGUGCCAUUUAGAGUUACAAAAUAAUUUUAUUAAAUUGUGUUAGCUAAUCUGAGAAUGCCGCGCAAAAGCGUACGUAACGAUUAAGAGAAAGGCUUUGAAUGGUGAGGGUUUGACCAAUCGAGUUAUUGCUCUGAAUUUGGGAAGGUCGGUAAUAGUGGUAAUUACCUGAAUAACAAAGAAAAUUAUGGUCAAAGAAAAUACUUAUUAACACUCGACAGGUUGGAGAAAUUUGUGGACAAUUAUCAAAUAAAACGACGCCAAUGCGGAAAGUGAAAAAAGACAACCAAAUUUCUGCAUCUGUAUCAACAAUUUGGUGUGCGGUGAAACGAACUUUUAACAUUGUACGUGAGCAAAUGCAGAAAGCACCUCUUUUGAAACCACACCACAAAGUCUAUCGUCUCAGUUUUGUCUGAAAUCACAUGAAUAAAGAAUGGCAUCAGGUGAUUUUUUCGAUGAGUAAAAGUUCAAUCUUGGUGGUCCAAAGGGCUUUUUGGGAUACUAGAGAGAUUUAUGAAAAGAGCCGCAAUAUUUUUCAAAGCGCAGUUUCGGCGGAGGCACAUUUAUGGUAAUAGGCGCAUUCUAAAAUUCUGGGACAGUACCAUUGGCAUUCCCUUCUUACCGAAUGAAUAGUUCCGAGUACCAGGAAGUAUUAGAAGCAAAUCUGUUACCCUAUAUAUAGUACACAGAGAUCCGCAAAAAUAUUUCUCUUUUCAAAAAGACAACACAAAAAUUCAUACGAGCAGGUCAACGAUAACGUGGCUUCAAUGUAAAAAUAUCAAUAUUUUGGAAUGGCCAGCUUGUUCUCCUGAAGAAAGUCCUAUUGAGAACAUCUUGGAAUGGCUGGCAAGAGAGGUUUAAGAGGAUUACCGUAAAUUCAAUACGAUUUCGAAGCUGAAAACGGCUAUUUUGAAAAAUGGGCUUAAUUGACCCCGGAAAUGCUUUCUCAUUACACCAACUCAAUGCCAUAUUAAAUAUUCGUACUUAUUAAUUAUAAUGGAAACACUAUAAAUUACUAGAAAAAAUUGUUUCUUUCCUUUUUUGUGGUGGAAGGGUUGUCUAUAUAGCAACGAAACACCGUUUUCAGUGCAUUCCGCUUACUACCUAUUAAGAAUUUUUUUUAAUGGAAUUGCUAGAAUUACCUUUAGUUUUAAUUAGCUGUAGAAUAAUAUUUUUCAAUAUUUCACAGAAAUAUAGUGUUUUUAUAGCAAUGAAACAAAGUGUAUGCAUGCCCAUGCUUUUAUGCACUUAUGUAUAUAAGUACAUAUGUACAUACAUACUUACAUGCUCUGUAGAGUGCAACCACAAUAUAUAGUUCGUGCGCUCCGACUUCGCCAUCGCCAUCGACAUCGUCAUCUUGUCGUGUAUGGUCGUUCGUGUUUGUUGAUUUGUUGGUUCUUCGGUUCGUUGGUUUGUUGGUGUAUUUUUUCGCUUGAGAGCUCAUUAACGUUUCGCUUCGCUAAGUGCGCUGUAUCGCCUGGGAGACAGCAACGCGUCAGCCCAAGCAAACCGAAUAUCGUCAAGGGAAGUUGAGCAGAACCCAGUCAUACAGCCAAAAUUAAAAUUCAUUAAGCUGUGAAAAAGUCUCGAACUUAUAUUUUUUGCUAAUGUUUUUCUUCACCCGUGUCUAUGCGCGCGUAUCAUAGUUUCGUGUACAGGUGUUCGACUGUCUGUAGGCCAAUGAAAUAAUGUAUCUGAUUAUCUAAAAACGCUAAAAUAUCACCUUUGGAAAUAAGUGAAUUCUAUACAUACAUAUAUGUGUAUAUACAAAUAUUAUGAAAAUUUCCAGUGAAAAAAGAACAUAAUGAAGAAAAACGUGACAAGUAGUUAAAUUUAAAGUGCAAAAUAAAGUAAAAGUGUAAUUUUUAAAAUUCUGCUGGACACAAUGAGAAAUCAAAUCAAUCAGUUUAUCUAAAAGCGAAUUUUUGUGUAAAAUGUCCCACCGUUACAUAUACAUACAUACAUAUAUUUAUAUAAUCUAAAUUAUAUGCAUAUAGGAUGUUUGUUAAAUUAUUAACGUCCAAAUAAAAUAUUUCCAUCGAAAUUCUCACAGAAUAAUUAGUUGCGCUCCAACAAAUAUGCUACGGGAUUUCCCAUAUAUUAAUCUUAAACAGUAAGUGUAUUUGUAAUAAUAAAUACAAAAUAAUAAAAUGUGUAUACUUAUUUUUUAAAAUUGCCGCAUUAAAAUAACAGCAAUUGAACUCGAUUCUAAAUAUUCGCGUAUUCAAUUAAUGCUGAGAAAAUUAUAAUAUAUUUACGUAACGUGUAAAAAGUUCGUAACGGGAAUAUGCAAAAAUUAUAUGCAUUCGCAUUUGCGGAGUGCAAACUUAGCAAAUAAAAUAAAAGUAGAACACAAUUUUUUGAAAUUAUAUUUUAUACUAAUAUAUUAAAUAAUACAUCAAAAUAAAACGUUUUGAAAAUAUAAUAUAAAUCAUAAAUACGUAAAAACAUCAAAAAUUAAAGCUACAUUUAUGUACAUUUAUUCCCCCUUCGCUACAAAAACUGUGUUAACAAUUUCAACAAUAAUAAGCAAACUCAUAUCAACUGUAUGGUUCUUAACGACAUUGUCAUUGUUAUUCACAAUCAUACCCCACGAAAUAUAGAUAAAAAUAAAAACUUCCGAUGAUGAUGCUAACUACAGAACACCUCAUGCAUGGCCAUGCAUCUUCGGUCAGCCAGAGCGCUCUUUUUGGCUGCUCAACGGCAGGACAUAGUGGCAUCAAUCAGCUUGGUGGCGUCUAUGUCAACGGGCGACCACUGCCAGAUUCAACACGCCAGAAGAUCGUCGAGUUAGCGCAUUCAGGUGCGCGUCCCUGUGAUAUAUCGCGCAUACUGCAAGUGUCCAACGGAUGCGUUAGCAAAAUUCUAGGCAGAUAUUACGAGACGGGAUCCAUUAAGCCGCGGGCGAUAGGUGGAUCCAAACCACGUGUUGCUACAACGCCUGUCGUACAAAAAAUCGCCGAUUACAAACGAGAAUGUCCGAGCAUUUUCGCGUGGGAAAUAAGAGAUCGAUUAUUGUCGGAACAAGUUUGCAAUAGUGAUAAUAUACCAAGCGUAUCCUCAAUAAAUCGGGUUCUACGAAAUUUGGCUUCGCAAAAAGAGCAGCAAGCACAACAACAAAACGAAUCGGUAUACGAGAAGUUACGUAUGUUUAAUGGACAAUCAGGAGGCUGGGCUUGGUACCCCAGUAAUACAACACCGGCACACCUGGCUUUGCCACCUACGCCGACAGCUACGAAUUUAACGGGGCAAAUAGUCCGCGAUGAUUUACCAAAACGCGAUAUAUUCUCGGGUGAAGUGUCACAUCCCAAUUCUCAUGAAAGUACUUCCGACGGCAAUUCAGAACACAAUUCAUCUGGUGAUGAGGACUCUCAGAUGCGAUUGCGUCUUAAACGGAAGCUGCAGCGCAAUCGCACUUCUUUUACAAACGAGCAAAUCGACAGUCUGGAAAAAGAAUUCGAGAGAACACAUUAUCCAGAUGUAUUUGCACGUGAAAGGCUCGCUGAAAAAAUUGGUUUACCCGAGGCACGUAUUCAGGUAUGGUUUUCAAACCGACGCGCAAAAUGGAGACGCGAAGAAAAACUACGAACUCAACGGCGCUCAGCGGAUCAUAUCAGCAAUAAUGGCGGUUCUGUCGGUGGUCGGUCGAGCACCGGCAAUACGGCUGCAAUUUCCGCCGCUGCCGUGGUCAGUAAUCAAAGUGGAUCUGGGAUAAAUGGAGUUGGCAGCGUCGGAGUGGGCGGUGGUGCAGCCGCCGACAUCAAUUCCGCUAGCAACAAUGGUAGCGCCGCAGCAGGUUCAAAUGGAGGUGGAACAAGCGCUUCAGCAGCGGUGUCAAUACCAGGCACAAGUGAUGGUGGUUCAGCCAUUUCGGCACUGGGUGAUUCAGCAGCCGCAGCAGCAGUGACAGCUGUUGUGGUUGGUGGUCAUGGCAGCUCAGUUAGUCCUCCUUUACAAUCUGUUGCGCCUCGCCUUCCCCUGAACACUGGUUUCAACACGAUGUAUUCUUCGAUACCACAGCCCAUCGCUACAAUCGCAGAGAACUACAACUCUAUGACCUCGUCUUUGAGCUCAAUGACGUCAACUUGUUUACAGCAACGCGAUGGCUAUCCAUAUAUGUUUCACGAUCCACUUACGUUGGGUUCUGUGCCCUAUGCAGGUCACACACGACCAUCUUGCAAUCCUGCCGCGGCCCAUCAACAGCCCCCACCACAACAUACAUCGGUAUAUGGAGGCGGUGCAGCAAAUGCAUCUGGCGGUACAGAUAACCAUACAUUUCCAGGUGUCAUAUCGGCAGGUGUGUCUGUACCCGUGCAAAUACCCGCUCAAAGUGCUAGCGAUUUAACCAGCACUAAUUACUGGCCCCGUCUCCAGUGAUCGACACUGUUACUAACUCCGUCGUCAACCGCAUCAGUAGCUAACAUUGGAACAGGUCAGUCGUCAAUUGGUUCUCUAACCGGUUCGCCUCGCCCAGACAUUAGUGUUUCUGCUGCGGCUGCCGCAGCAGCUGUGGUCGCAAACGCAGCCGCGGCGACGUCCGUAGCUGCUGCAGCAGCGGCAGCAGCUGUUGCUUCUGCAGCUAUAAACGCGAGCGCUAAUGCAGUAAGCGGUGGCAGUGGUGGCUUUGUCACCAUAGGCACACCUUCACCUGUCGGCAGCAAUGCAAGCAGCAGUCAUAGUACGUUUAGUGGUUGCAACACCGGCAGCGGAUUACAGGCCAAUGCUAGAGGAGCAAUAGUAGAAGCGACAAAUAACACAAUUAACGAUUUCAAUGAGAACGAAACUAUCGGCCCAGGCAACAGAACAUCGGCAGAAACAAUUUUGGCAACACCACCAUCGACACUAAUGCUAACUGUUCAACAGCAACAACAACAAGGCAUACAAAGAGUGAUGCAACAACAACAACACCAUCACUAUUCACAUCCUCAUUACAGCCAUCAUGUGCACGGUCACCACCACCAAUAUCAACAAUUGCAGCAUUUGCAUCAACAUCAGCAAUAUCUAACCGCUCAUGCGGCACAACAUCACCGACACCAACAAAUGCAGUCCCACAAACAGCCGCAGCAUCAAAUGCAAACAGUUUUGCAACAUCACCCACAUGCCCAUUCACAUUCGCUGCUGCAUGCACAUUCACAACAGCAGCAUGAACCGCACUGUUACCACUAGCGAUAAAUGAACAAAUAUAAAAAACAAGAUACUCGAACCUCUUACUUAAAUACAUUAUUUUAGAGGCCUUCGAUUCGUCAAAACUUAGAUAGUGAGGAAUCUAUAAAACAACUGGUGUAAUCCAAUAUAGAUAGUAAAGAAAGAGAUUAUAACACCUAAUGAGCUAUCCACAUAUGUACUCGCUGCUAUUAAAUUCUUGACUUGAAAACGGUGAAAUUGCAUUCACAUGUAAAGUGACCAAGACAAACCUAACCAUUCUUGUAUAUAAACACAUUCGUAUAUUCAGAAACAUAGACCUUUUCUCAUUUUCUAAAGUAAUCAGAACAAAGAAAUAAGGAACAAAAAACAUUGGAAACCUAAAUUUUGAACACAAAAAUAGUUUACGUAAAUAUUUUAAAAAUUAAGUUAACAUGUAAGGAAGGGAAUUCUUAACACAAAAUCAGUUACGUACAUUUUUGAAAUAUCGGGUGUAACCGAACAUUUUAUACUCUUGCAACUUGCAGGAAUCAAAGCCGGGAAUGUUUUUGAAGUGCUAGCAAAACCUUAUAUCUAACAAGUAAGAAAGGGUAUUAUUGCUAAAAACAUCCUCAAAUGAGAUAUGUGUGAUACGUGAUUAACUGGAUCGUAGAAACUAAAUUUAAUAUGUUGAGUUAAUGUGGAAAAAUCAAUCAAAAGAUCAGAAUUCACUAUUUAAGGGAUUUGAAGUUUCGGCCUAGUUCAAAACCAAUUACAUUCUAAUUCAAUGUUACACCAUAUAAUUUUUAAGAAAACUUGUCCAUUUUAUACUAUUGUAUUUUGCAAGAAUCAAGGCCAGGGAAAUACUUUAACACAUAAAACGUCAACCAAAGAAUCGGAAUCUAAGCAAUUUUGCAUACAUAUACUCGUACAUAUACAUAUCUACUCAAUAUAACUCAUACACUGACCGACAAAUUCGGCAUAUGAUUUCUAAGAACAACGAAAACUAUUAUAGGUAAUAUAUGGAAGUAUUAACUAUUGUCAUGCCAAAUAAUAAAAAAAUAUUCCCUGGGUUUCAUUAACGUACAUCACAUACAAUCACCAAUCAUAUGGAGCAAAGUCAGCGUGAUGUUCGAAAAUCCUAGUAAUAUUUAUAUGGGAGCUAGGUAAAAUUUUGGGUCAAUUGUAUCUACUUUAGGUAUAAAGCUGUUAUGAGUAAAACACAUUCUGUAAUUUUCAUUGAGAGAACUCAAAUAUUGGCCGAUACGUAUAUGUCCACCAUAACGUCACCUAGAAGUUCGCAAAUCUUAAUGUCAGGGUAGUAUUGACCCAAUUCAAUACAUUUUUGAUGCACAAAGUUACUAUUGUCAGGAAAGGAUUCUCUCUGAAUUUCAAUUGUAUAUCUCAUACAUUGACCGAUAUUUUCAGUCUAGACCGGAGAUACUGGGUUGAACAUAUUUGGUACUUAGGGGCUUGAACAGUUUUGGUUGAAUUUGAACAAAUUUUUGUUAUAAGGUGGCAUACCCUAAAGGCAUUAUUCGUACAACAAUUUAUCCCGUUAUAUUAAAUACUACUUGAUUUGAUCACUGUAAAGAAAGAGGCCGAAAUGCGUGAGUAUGAAGAGCUUGAUAAGCUGGCCGACAGGGGUAUUGCUCGAGAAUUCUGGGAAAGAAUGCGGCGGCUUAUAGAAGGUUUCAAGACCGGAGCAUACUCUUGUAGAACCCCCAAAGGUGAUCUAGUCACCGAUGCCCAGAGCAUACCUAAAUUAUGGAGGGAACAUUUCUCCAGCCUGCUGAAUGGCAGUGAACGCACAACGCCAGGAGAAGGCGAACCCGAUUCCCCAAUCGAUGACGAUGGAGCAGACGUUCCAUUGCCAGACCGUGAAGAAGUUCGAAUAGCAAUUACCCGUCUGAAGAACAACAAAGCAUCGGGGGCCGACUGAUUGACGGCCGAGCUAUUCAAACACGGCGGCGAAGAACUGAUAAGGAGCAUGCAUCAGCUUCUUUGUAAAAUAUGGUGGGACGAAAGCGUGCCUAACGAUUGGAAUUUAAGUGUGAUAUGCCCAAUCCACAAAAAGGGAAACCCCACAAUCUGCGCCAACUACCGUGGGAUAAGCCUCCUUAACAUCGCGUAUAAGGUUCUAUCGAGCGUAUUGUGUAAAUGAUUAAAGCCCACCGUCAACAAACUGAUUGGACCUUAUCAGUGUGGCUUUAGACCUGGCAGAUCAACAACCGACCAGAUAUUCACCAUGCGCCAAAUCUUGGAAAAGACCCGUGAAAGGAGAAUCGAAACACACCACCUCUUCGUCGAUUUCAAAGCUGCUUUCGACAGCACGAAAAGGAGCUGCCUUUAUGCCGCGAUGUCUGAAUUUGGUAUCCCUGCAAAACUAAUACGGCUGUGUAAACUGACGUUGAGCAACACCAAAAGCUCCGUCAGGAUCGGGAAGGACCUCUCCGAGCCGUUCGAUACCAAACGAGGUUUCAGACAAGGCUGCUGGAGAAAAUAAUCCGAGCUGCAGAACUUAAUAUUGAUAUCAUCGGCCUCAACACCCGCGCCGUUAGUUCUGCUUGCUCCAGACUGGACAAGGAAGCAAUGCAAAUGGGUUUGGCAGUGAACAAGGGCAAGACGAAAUAUCUCCUGUCAUCAAACAAACAGUCGUCGUACUAGCAACUUGGCUCUCCCGUCACUGUUGACAGUCAUAACUUUGAAGUCGUAGACAAUUUCGUCUAUCUUUGAACCAGCGUAAACACCACCAACAAUGUCAGCCUAGAAAUCCAACGCAGGAUAACUCUUGCCAACAGGUGCUACUUCGGACUGAGUAGGCAGUUGAGAAGCAAAGUUCUCUCUCGACGAACAAAAACCAUACUCUAUAAGUCACUCAUAAUUCCCGUCCUGCUAAAUGGUGUAGAGGCCUGGACGAUGACAACAACUGAUGAGUGGACGUUGCGAGUUUUCGAGAGAAAAGUUUUGCGAAAGAUUUGUGGUCUUUUGCGCGUUGGCCACAGCGAAUACCGCAUUCGAAGGAACGAUAAGCUGUACGAGAUAUACGACGACAUUGACAUAGUUCAGCGAAUUAAAAGACAGCGGCUACGCUGGCUAGAUCAUGUUGUCCGGAUGGACGAAAACACUCCAGCUCAGAAAGUAUUCGACGCUGUACCCGCCGGGGGAAGCAGAGGAAGAGGAAGACCUCCACUCCGUUGGAAGGACCAAGUGGAGAAGGAUCUGGCCUCGCUUGGAAUAUCCAAUUGGCGCCCCGUAGCGAAAAGAAGAAACGACUGGCGCGCUGUUGUUAACUCGGCUAUAAUCGCGUAAGCGGUGUCUACGCCAAUAAAGAAGAAGAAGAAGAAAGUGAAAAGAAAGGCAGUGGUCCCAUUACGCCCAUCUACGAAUACGUAAUUUUUUUGUACAAAGGAACCCGGAUACCAAGUUUCAGCAAGAUAUUUCAAUUUGUUCUCAAUUUACAGCAUGACCGGACGGACGAACGGACAGAUAGACAGUCGCCCGGAUUUCAACUAUUCUCGUCAUCCUGAUCAUUUAUAUACAUAGUAUAUGUAUAAAUAACCUUAUAUACAUAUAUCUCCCUUAGUUGUAGGGGAUACGUACAAUCGUUAGGUGAACACAACUACUAUUAUACUCUGUAGCAACAGGUUGCAAGAGUAUAAAAAUGUUGCGAAAGAUUAAAACUUCAAUUAUUCGAUGAAAUCGUGAAUAACAAUCAAAUUUGAUAUAUGAUUGAUUUAUAAGACAUAAACUUAGACUAUAUUUUUAUUAUUAUUGCUAACAACAUCUUCAAAUGAGAUAUGUGUGAUACGUGAUUAACUGGAUCGUAGAAACUAAAUUUAAUAUGUUGAGUUAAUGUGGAAAAAUCAAAUCAAAAGAUCUGAAUUAACUAUUUUAAGGAUUUGAAGUUUCGGCCUAGUUCAAAACCAAUUACAUUCUAAUUCAACGUUACACCAUACAAUUUUUAAGAAAACUUGUCCAUUACAAUUAUAGUAUUACUAUUUUAAUGAAACUAAAAUAUCACACAUUUUGACCAACCUGAAAGAUUUAAAUACAGAUAUAAAGACAGAAAUCAUUUAAUAUGGUAUUUUGAGGGCAGAAAAAUGGACGGGCUGAUUGCAUUAAUUUUGACAUUGCUCAGGUAUACUCCACAACGUGUUUUGAAGCAAUUUUAUGUAUAAACAAUACUAACAUUGUGACAAAUUCGGCAUAAAAUUGGUUAGAAUAAGGAAAAUCAUUUUAAGUUAGCCUAUUAUCAUUUAGUUACCUAUUUUUGCCAAUACUACGUACAAUUAACAUGCCACAGACUAAUAAAAUGCUCUCAGGGUUUCAUUAAGGUACCUCACAUACAAACACCGAUCAUAUGGAGUCAGCUCGACCACGUUCCAAAAUCCUUUUAUUAGUUAUUUGGGGGCUAGGUCAAGUUUUCACCCAAUGUUAUCCAUUUUGGGCAAUGGGCAUUGGGUUAUGAAUUAAGCACGCUCUCUUAUUUUCAUUGAAUUAACUCACAUAUUGACCCAUAUAUGCGAUAUAAAGUCACCCGGAAGUUCGACCACUUUUAUAUAAGGUGUAUGGGGGCUAAGGGAAGUAUAGACCAGAUUCCACCCAUUUUUGCCACACAGACAAACUUCAGUUAUAUGUCUCACAGUUUGCCCGAUGUCCAUAUGUUCCAUAUGUUCGGAACCUGGAGGCUUCAACCUCUAGGGCUCUAUGGACUACACCCAUUGUUUCAGAAUUUGUACCCCAAAUGUGCCCCUUCAACAGCGAUCCCCUGUGAUAAAUUACAGUUUAAUAUCUUAGUAAUUAGUUAUGGAACUUUAUUUGUUUUAGUUUAAUGACGUUUUCGAGGCCGACUACGCCUAUCUUCAAACUCAUCCCCAUUCAUUAAAGUAUCUAAAUUUAUACUCAAGGUACAGCUUGCACAGACGGACGGACCACUAUCUGUCCUCUGUGUUCAACUCGUGUCGUCAUCCUAAUCGAUAAUGUAAAGAUAAUCCUAUAUCUAUCUCGAUUAGUUUUAGGUGAUGUAAGUAAUCUUCCGCAAAACCUUUCUCUUGAAAAUUCGUCACAUCGUCUCAUCAGAUGUUGUCAUUGUCCAUCCCUCUGCACCAUAUAGCAGGACGGGAAUAAUGAGUGACUUAUAGAGUUUGGUCUUUAUUUAUCGAGGAGGAUUUUACUCUUCUAUUGCAUACUCAGUCCGAAGAAGCACCUGUUAGCAAGAGUUAUUUGGCGUUGGAUUUCGAGGCUGAUAUUGUUCAUAAUUUCGUCAAUUUUGUUCCAAUCGUCUUAAGAUUUUAUGGAUUAAUUUAAGAAAACAGGCAAAAAAAUAUUAAAACUUUAUUCCUUAAAAUGAGGUAAAAAAGUUGUUGCGCUUAAGAAACUCGCGUGGUGAAAUGCUUGUAAUUAUGGCAUAAAUGGUAUUAAAUCUUCGGCGUGAUCAAACAUCAGAUAUGAUAAUAGAUGUCCCUGUUUAAGCGAAGAAACCUUAGUAUAGUGGCGGAGUUGUACUUGUUAUACGUUAGCCUGAACUUAGUAGACUUUUUUUUUUUGCCUGUGAUAAAGGCUUAGAUCCUCAAGAAUCAUUCCUUAAGUUGUUUAUGAGGAUAACCAUAACAUCAAUCACCUUGUAAGAACACUACCCGAUCGCGGAACAACGAGUUAAUUAAAGCUAGUUAGCGGAGGAAUCUUUAUGUCGUAAGCUUUUAAAACAAUUUUGCGCUGACAAAUUGUAGAAAUUCCGAACUUUGAAGAAUAUAUAAAUGAGUGGGCAUUCAUUAACGUUAGUAAAGUGCUGUUGCUUUAAUUUAUUCAAUUUAGUCGUACAAUUGGCGUUCAAUUCAGUUUAAGUAAUACUUUUUGUAAAUUCUCAAAAUAUUGUACAACAUAUUCAUAUUAGUACAUAUGUACAUAAAUACGUAUAAAUAUAUAUGUAAAAUGUGCAUAAAUCUAUUAUAGAAUAGAAUGGGUAACUUCGGUUUUUGUUGGGAGCCACUUGACGGAAGAAUUGCAAUUUGUUAAUAAUUAAAGAAGAAUAAAUGCAGCAUAGCCGACAACGAAACUUAAUAUGUUACACAUAGUAAAUAUGUAGAAAAUUAGUUUAAGUAUAGAUAUAAAGUCAGUAGAAAAUGAUGAGACGUUUAUGGUAAAACUGAUGCAUCCCUUCACAUUACGGUGUCCAUUACUUCCCUAGUUGAUUGUGUUUCGGCAAGCGCCGCCUGAAAUUUCAGUUUUAGCUCUAAAUAAUAGGUUGAUCGAAAAGAAACCGGUGAUUUUGCAUACAAACGGCGUUGACAAUUUUUUGAACGGCUUAUGACUCUGUUAUUGCAUUUUUGCUUUUGUCAAAUAUCAGCAGGCACUUUUACCUUGCCUUAGAAAAAAAGCGCGCGUAAUUUUAUUUAUAUUUGUUUGUUUGGCGGCAAUUUUAAUAUGGAGCCCACAAAGGAGCAUUUUCGUCAUAUUUACUUUAUUAUUUCCGUAAAGGAAAAAAUGCAGCUCAGGUUGCUAAAAAGUUACGUGAUGUGUAUGGUGACAAAGCCUUAAAAGAAACACAGUGUCAAAGUUGGUUUGUCAAAUUCCGUUCAGGUCGGCCAAGUGCAGUUGAUAAUGACGUCAUCAAGGCUUCAACCUAAUCGGAUCGUCAUGUAACUGAGCGUGAGAUUGGAGAGAAGUUAAAUAUACCACAAUCAACCAUACAUGAUCAUAUACGACGUCUUGGGUAAAAAAACUAAAACUCAAAAAUAUGUUUGAAAAAAUCACCGGUCUCUUUUAAGCCAAUAUAUGGACCUAGCGUAAACAAGGGCUUUAUUCUCAAUUUAAACCGUACAUAAAUCAUGUGUAUAUAGCAUGUUUAUAGCAUGGGAUUCUUUGAUAUUUUAAAUUAAAGAAGUAAACCUAUAACCUUGGAAAAAUUAUAUUCUAGUACAAAAUUUUUCACUCUGCAAAAAAGGUCCGCAUGAUUUUUUCUUAAACACAUUCUUACAUUCUCUUAAAUAUUAUAGGUAGUCAAAGUUAUACAUAAAAUGACCUUAGCAUUCAUAUAAGUGAUUUACACAUUCUGUGUUGCUCAUACGACAUUACCAUACAUACAUAUAUGAAUAUUAUAAAUUUGAUGCAUAACUUUAACUGCGUAAACUUUUAAAGUAUUGUUUUAAUGAAAAAAAUGAUUCGGCCCUUUUUUGUGGAGCGGAAAAUUUCGCGUUGCAAAUAUAAUUUUUCCAUCGUUGUAGAUUAGUUUGCUUUAGAAAUAAAGAUAUUAUUGCAAAGGAUCAAAAAAGCCCGUAUAAAAUAUAUGGGAAAAGUAAUUUAGCACAGUUUAAAUUGAAAAUAAAGAGCUUGUUUACAUUGGAUCCUUCUCUUUAGGACAAAGACGGAAACUUCAGGGAAGGCGUAUUAAAAAAAAAAUAAUUUGGGAAAUAACGAAUACCCUACUUCACAUGAACGUUAAAAAUAUUAUAGUGCUACAAUGUACUCGUAUCUUCAUAUACAUAUAUGAAGUCAUAUUUACACUUGCAUGGUUUUUAAAUUAUUUACAUUUAAUAAUCUAAAUAUAGAAUUAUUGUAGGAAUUAUUUGUAAUCGUCAUUUUCGAAUUAAUGUAAUGUAAUCAUGUAAGAAACAUUAUUUUAUUUACACUGCUUUGUAUAUACAUAAAAAGCCGCAUACACAAGUAUAUACAUUUACGUGUACACACAUAUUAUGUGAAUAGGUAUAGUGCAUAAAAUUUAUAUUUAUACAAAGGGUUUUUGCCUGGUAACGAGGCUGCGUUGCAGGUACAUAUAAACCAUUUUUAAAUUAUCGUGUUUAUUUCUAACAAAAUUCGAAACUUUAAAAAUAUAUGUUGGCUUAUGCAAAUUAUAGUAUUUCUCUACUUCAUUUUCCAGUUUGUACAAUUUGAUAAUAAAAUGUUUCGCUUCACAGGAGCCUCAACCUCAUUUUACUACAUAUUAGGGUUCUGUUAAGCUUCAUUUUUGUGAAAUCGCCACAUCUAAUUGAUAUUUUCAGUGCGCGUCAUAUGUAAUGGGAAAUACAUAUGAAGUGCCAAAUCUGUACGAACAAAAACAAAACAUGUUAACAAAGAGAGACUUACACUUUACACUUGGUACUGUACAUUUUGCUCGAACCUUUCAGAAUUUACUCACCCUUAUUAGCAGGGAUAAUGGGAUGCCCAACUUAUUCCAGUGUGAGAGCGCCUCAAAAUAAGCGUUUUUUAUAACAUUUUCCAUUAUGGCCAGAUCGAACAAAAUAAGAAUUUUUGGGCAUUUUAAAUUAAAACACCCAACAUUUAUUACGAUUGCAAAUUAUUAUAUAUUGGACUUUUAAUAUAUGACGAAACUACUUAAAUCCUUUUUUAUGAUUUUAUGGUAUACUAAAACCACUGACUUUUGAUAUUUCAAUACUUAAUAAGGUGGAUUAAGCCUGUUAGUUCUCAAUUAUCAAAUGUUGUUAAUCAUUAAAUUUAAAUUUCGCAUUUUCUUUGAUUUUUAUUGCUUUAAAUUUUUAUUAGCGAUCUUGAACAGCAGCAACAAAUUCCUCCGUUUACAUAUUUUUUUGGUAAGAUUUCAAUCUGGCCGUCGCUCGUUUCCAAUUGCUAAACGUCAAAACCUCCCCAAUCCAGUCAACUGUCAAAGUUUAGGUGGUUUUGACGUUUAGCAAUUGUUCUCUCACUUCUAGUGAGAGAGGAGUUGGACAUCUCUUUAUCUCUGCUUAGUAGUGUGUUGCAGCCAACGUUUGAAAAGCUACGCUACUCCCGUAGCAUUUCAUUUUGCUAUUGCUACCGCUCUCACUUUGACAGGAGCCAUAGCAAAACAAUGUAAAAGUAUGUGCUCUGCUCGGAGUUUUGUUAGGUAAAAAACUAUAUCCACAUAGUAUAUCGCUACAGCAAAACUCCGAGCAGAGCAGAGUACAUACUUUUACAUUGUUCUGCUAUGACUCUGAAACUGCUCCCCACAAAGUGAGAGCGGUAGCUAUAGCAUAGCAGUAAUUCUAGAAAUUUUGGUGAUACGGAGUAGUAAAGAAAACCUCGGUUGCAGCUAAAUGUUAAAUAACAUUCUCUGUUUAAAUUUAACAUUCUCUUUUGUAAGUUAGUCAUGAUUUUUUUGUUUAAUUUACGCUCGAAAGUCGGUUAAAAAUUAACAUUUUCUGAUUAUGUUUUUUUACAAACCAUCCUCAUUGGAUUCUCUUCAAAGUGGUUCAGGCCAUUUUUCAUUUCAUGCAACGGUUUAGUCAGCUAUAGUGAACAGACAAAAACCCAACUUAUUUAUUAGUCCAUAUGUACUUAUAUGCAGACAGGUGCGUGCAUACAUACACAAAUUUAUAUAUUUUCUGUACGAAAUAGCCAUCUAUCAAUACAGUUAUGUGUAUUAUGUAUAUCAUAAGUAGUAAAUGGAUGAACAAUUGAAUAUAAUAUAUACAUAUAUAUAAUUGUAUACAUACCAUAUAUGUAUAUAGUAUACAUAGUAUAUUUACAAACAUACAUAUAAGUAUAUACAUAUUGCAGUUGCAAGUACGGGUUUUGUUGUAAAACAAUAAUAACAAAUAAACAAAUGCAUUAUUUCCCUUGUGUGUGAAAUACUGCAUUAGAAAAAAUA